AUGGCGGGAAUAGAGGCGUCCUGCUUGGUAAAUGUUGCCAACUUUCCGUUCGACAUACAAACGUGUGACGUCAAUAUAGCGGUGUGGGGCUAUGACGAAACGGAAGUGACGUUACACCCAGUUAUAAAGAACGAUAAGGGCGCCGACUACAUUCAAAGCAGUACAUGGUCAUUAAAAAACAUCUCCAUACAGGGAAAAAACUCUGCCACAAACACGCCGUUCGUUCAAGUAACGUUGCUCAUUCAACGUCACUACGAGUACUACCUGCUGAACGUAAUUAUGCCACCGACGUUGCUCAGUGUACUUGAUCCAUGCGUUUUUAUCCUUCCGGCUUCUUCCGGUGAACGUAUGUCGUUUGCUGUAACGUGUUUUUUGGCGUUUAGCGUCUUUAUGACGUUACUUGGUGACAACUUGCCAAAGAGUUCCGUCCCCGUUGCGCAUGUGGCGUACUUCAUGAUGUACAUGCUGAUUCACAGUUGUGCGGUUACUUUCUGCACAAUUAUUACGCUUCGUGUGUAUAAAAAAAUGGACAUGGAUGAGCGAAUUCCAGACUGGGUUAAAUUCAUUGUUCGUCUGCUUCGCCUUCGAUUUUGUAGAUACAGAAAACAGACGCUGAAAUCAAAUGUGGUUGGACCGAAGCUCGAUGGAAAUCUUCCUAAAGCAGCUGUAAACAACAGCGUCAAAGGUGAGAAACAUUUUUUUGAAUUAAUCGACUCCAAAGAAUUACCAAACGGCGUCGUCAACGAAAAGAGCCACAGUGAACUAAACGAAAAGAAAUUGCCGUCACACAACCUUUGGCCGAAAACUUCUCCAAAUGAGCCGACAAUCACGUGGAACACGGUCGGACGAACGCUCGAUGCUUUUUUCUUCACCGUUUUUCUUGCGUGGUUGUUUUUCAUAAUCAUGUCAUCGCUAAUAUCGCUUCAGUUGAUAUAA